ACAUAAAAAAUCGCCCACUGAGAUUCGUCAAUGGAGAUUCUUUAUUGGGCGCGCGAAAUUAUUAUUUUGCAAAGUUUUCUUGCUUUUAUUACCAAUUGUGAUAGUAAUGUGAAUGAUAAGGGGUUCUCAUUGAUCAAUAGACAUCACGGGGCCCCCAUUUGUGGUGGAGAAAAAUAAACGAAAAAAGAAGCGAGUGCAGAAAAAAAGGCAAGAAAAACACGGAGAAUCCAAUGAAGUGCGCGUGAAAAAUGCAGAAUAACAAUGUGAAAAAGGAAACGUUUCAGUUGCUGCAGUACUCGGAUGAUUCCAAGAGCCUCUCGGAUCUCGAGUUGACCGAAAUAGUUGUGCCAAGGAAAAGAAAAGUCCGCAGGAAAACAAAGUCCAAAGGGGGCUACAAGCACAAGCAGCCACCACCACCCGUUCCCGGAGGAUGCAAAAAUCUCGGCCUAUGGAUUGCUGUGGUUACAACGUGGUGCUGGCUCCUCAUCCUGUCCUACAUCAUUGCCGUUGUGAAUACGGGCAAUCGGCAGCUCGAUAGGCAGCUGCAGAAGGUCUCAGCGACCACACAGACAGUCCCGGGGGCGCUACAGGAAUGGCAUGAGACGUCACAGUACUUAGAGGCUAAUCAGACGGCCCUCAUUGGGCGGAUGAUGGAGGUGCAGCAGACGCUCAAAAAUUUCUCUGAAGAGGUAUCCCUACUAAAGACCAUAGUGCACAAAAAGACAGAAAUUCCCGAUGAUAGCGAUAAAAUGUCCGUCCUGCAGACGAGUAUUGCGGACUUUGGGGCAAAAAUCAAGGAUUUAAGCUCAGCGGUCGAUGAUCUCAAGGAUCGCAUGACGCGAGUGCAGCAAGAGGUGCACAAUAACACCAACUACAGCCACCAUUUGCAGGAGAUAUCGCUGGAGAGGAGAGUGAACGAUACGCUGGGGAACAUUAACAGUUCAGCCCCACAGCGUCUCGAUACACUCACCAGCUUCACGGGGAACUUUACGCAGCAACUUGCCCAGAUCAAUGAUACCCUCAAUGCCAUGAACAAUGUCCUGAGUCAGAAGACAAAGAGCAUUGAGGAGGAUGAGAUGAAUCAGAAGAAGCACAUUGAUCGGCUGUACGACAGUGUGUCCAACACAUCGUCGCAUGUCUCCUCAAUUGAGGAGGAUUGGUCGCAGUACAAGCAGAAUGUGAAGAGUCUCGAGAGUGCCAGAGUGGCCACAGAUGCGAGACUCGCAAAGUUGGAGAAUGACACGGAUAACCUGAUGAGGUCGCUUGAGAAGCUCCGUGGGGAGACUCAGAUGCAAAAUGAGAGAUUUACCAAAGAUAUUGAGAUGCUUCAGCAGAAGAUUCAGCGUCUUGCUUCAGUGCAGGAAACCAUGAAAAAUAAUUCACCUCUGGCAAAUUCUGGAGCACAGCAGCCAUCCACACCACAAGUAGCUAACACAGUUGCCUCGUCAAGUACUAGUGGCUCAGUGAACAUCGAAAAGUAGUAUGGAUUUCGUAGAGAUUUAGAAUUUACUUUUAAUCGAUUUAGGAUUUGUAGGAUAAAUAACCACGUGUGAUGAAGAAUGCCAAGAGAAAAUCCAUUUGCAUUUUCCGCGCAUUCACGUAUAUACAAUUUCUUUUUAAACCACCACUUUCUCCGAGGAUUCGGAUUUUGUGGAUUCUUGCAAGAAUUUCUUCUUAUUGGUUUUAUUUCCCGUAGAAAUUUCCCUUGUAGAAAUUCAAUUUAUUUUUUAUUUUGUGAUUUAAUUUCGUGAUUAGAUGGACGAUUUUGAGGGGAUGGUCUAAAUGUCCUUUAAUAUAGAGGGACAGGAUAGUUUUUAGAGAGAUGAGUGCUAAAAUACCAUGGAGUAUUGAGAGUCAAUUUUAUUUGCCACUGCAACUUAUUUAAAAAAAAAUCUUAUAUAAAAAAGAAAAUUUCUCUUAAGGAUUUAAAAGAAACAAAUAAAAUUAAUUGAUGAAAAUGCAACAAUAAA